AUGAGUAACACCCGCAUACUAUUUUGGAACUGUCAAGGCGUCACUCGGAGGCGCCUUGAACUCAUUGAUUUCAUCCAUCAACAAAAAAUCGACAUCCUGUUACUCAACGAGAUUCAUCUCACCGGCCAACGUUCAAUCAACAUCCCCAACUACUUCACCUACACAUCUAAUCGUCCCCAAGUCCCCGGCCACUCAGCCGGAGGUGGCACUGCAAUUCUCGUUCACAGACGGUACACUCAUCAACAUGUCGCCAUAUCAACUUCAUCUCUAGAGAACACGACUGUUCACAUUCAAGUCAACAAUACUGUCCUUCGUCUCGUAGCCAUCUACAAAAGACCAGCCAACAUCCUUUUACCAGCCGAUCUCACCGCCCUUCUGGACACUCCUCACAACACCAUUGUAGCAGGCGACCUCAACAGCAAGCACCAACUCUGGUUCAGCCGCAGGCCCAACGCGGCCGGAAGCGUUCUGGCUCACUUCAUCAACUCCAGAAACGAUCUUGCUGUAGCUGCUCCAGUCACCCCAACGCACUAUCCGAAUAACUCCAAUCACAGUCCAGACAUACUAGACAUCGCUAUUAUUAAAUCCAACAACAUCCAGUAUCACAUCGAAAACUUAUCUUCAGACCUCUCUUCCGACCACACUCCGAUCGUUCUGGAACUCCACUCUACUUCAGCAUCUAUGAAUCCUCCUGAGCCUACACAUGAAGUUGACUGGGCCGCUUUCCAGUCAUACAUGGAAUCUGUCAGUCACUCUCCUUCCAUCGGUUCCACCACCAACUCCAUCGACUCAGCCAUCAAGAACCUCACAACCCUCAUGUCAAAUGGCAUCGUAUGCAGCACAUCCUCGAUCGUGCACUCCGAUCACUCUAGGGUUCUUCCCAAAAAGCUGCAGCUCGAAAUCGACCUCAAGCGACGCCUAAGAUCUCGCUGGUAG